AUGGAGCGGAACCGACAAGGCUCUGAUGGUGACGCAGUACUCGAGCAAGCUCGUCAUCGUCCUCCUCAACCUCCAGUAUGCGCUGCGGCUGCGCCUCCUCGGCCUGCGCGCCAAGCGGCCCUCAAGCGCCGCGCAGCGCGUGGCCAAGCUGAGCGCCCUCAUCAGCGACGCGCGCGUCCUCUUUCGCAUCUGGGGCGUGCUGCCCAUUCUCAAGUGGAUGGUGUCGCUGGAGCGCACGCCGCCGCCGACGCGCCUGCUGCACAACAUCGAGCGCAUCCAGGGCUGGUCGAUGCUCGCCUACUGCCCCAUGGAGGCCGUCGCCUACCUCGGCAGCCACGGCGUCCUCCCCGUCUCGGCCGCCGUACAAAACGCCUUUUGGCUCUGGGGCUCCCGCUUCUGGGCCCUCUACGUCGGCCUCCAGCUCCUCCACCUCGUCGAGGACAACCGCCUCCUCCGCCUCCGCGCAAAGGCCCUCGAACGCAGCAGGGGCCACCCCACCCCCGCCGCUGCUCGCCGCGCCGGACCGUCGGCAACGGCAACGGCAUCGGCAGCAUCGUCGUCGUCGGCGACCACGGCGGCCGAGGGGGAAAAGGCCAGCCAGCAACAGGCCAUCACGACGCAGAUGUGGGACGAGCUCGACGACCGCAAGGCCGCCAUCCUCAACGAGCUCUGGGUCAACCUCGGCUACCUACCCCUCACGCUGCACUGGUCCUGCCCAGCAGGCCUGUUUGGCGAAGGCUGGGUGGGCUUGUUUGGCACCAUCGCCGGCGUGUCGGGACUGCGCUCUGGCUGGAAAAACUCGAGAGCGCCACCUGUACCCCCCACCAACUAGAUUCGCAUCCCGCCUCGGCCCCCCGCCCCGUCUGCCGUUCCCUAGGGCAGGUGGACGCGCGUCAGGGGGAGGGGAACAGAUGGCCUGCCCACGAUAAUCGUUACGCCUGCCAGCCUGCUGAGCGAUGCGCUAGCCCGAUCUCGUGA